AUGGGGUUCCCAAAGUCACCGAUCUUGCUCCUCCUCCACCUUGUCUUCACCACCGCCGUCCUCCUCCCCAUCGCCACCGUUCACUCUGAAGACCCCACCUCCGAUUUACUCUCCCACCUCGAAUCCCUCCAAUCCCAGUCGUCCUCCACCAAUGGCGGCGGCGGCGUUAUUCACCUCACCGAUCCACUCCUCAAGCGCAUCCUCUCCCUCCCAACCCCGCGCCCUUUUUCUUUCCUCAUCUUCUUCGAUGCCAAACAACUCCAUUCCAAACCUGAGCUUUCUUUGCCAGCUCUCAAAUCUGAGUUUGCCCUCGUCUCCAAAUCGUACCUUUCCAACAACCCAUCAGAUUUUCACUCAAAGCUCUUCUUUUUUGACCUCGAAUUCCAGGAAUCGCAGGCCUCAUUCGCACUUUUCGCCGUCAAUUCAUUGCCCCACAUCAAAUUGGUACCAAAUGCAGCCGUUGAUGUGAAGAAGGAUUCGAUUCAAAUGGACCCAUCUGAUUUUGCAGGGCAGGCGGAAACCAUGGCCGCUUUUGUCGAGUCCAGAACUAAGUUCCCAGUGGGUCCCAUCCACCGCCCGCCUUUGAUCUCUAAGAAGCAACUGAUGUUUAUCAUUGCCAUCAUUUUGAUUUGGACCCCGUUUGUGGUUAAGAGAGUGAUUGCCGGAAAAACCCUUUUGCAUAACAAGAGUUUGUGGAUGUCUGGGGCGAUUUUCGUCUACUUUUUCAGUGUUUCCGGCUCGAUGCACAAUAUUAUUCGCAAAAUGCCUAUGUUUUUGACCGACAGAAAUGAUCCUGGGAAGUUGGUUUUCUUUUAUCAGGGUUCUGGAAUGCAGUUGGGUGCUGAAGGUUUUGCGGUUGGGUUUCUGUACACUGUGGUUGGGUUGGUUUUAGCUUUUGUUACUCAUGUUCUUAUUUAUGUGAAGAAUAGGAAUGCGCAGAGGAUCAUGAUGGUCUUCGUGCUGUUUGUUUCGUUCUGGGCCGUGCAGAAAGUGGUUUUCCUGGAUAAUUGGAAGACAGGAUAUGGUAUUCACGCCUACUGGCCUUCAAGCUGGAAAUAG